CGCCGAACUUCGUACAAGAAACUCUUGCAGAAGGAACAAAAUAUCCAUACCAAAGACAGAGAACCGCAAAGUAAGGAUGGCUGGGAAUUACGAGCUCCUUUGUCUCGAAAAUCCACUGCUUGACAUCCAAGGAGGAAACGAGGAGCUAUUGAAGAAGUACGACCUCAAGCCAAACGAUGCCAUCCUUGCCGAAGAGAAGCACAUGGGUCUGUACGAGGAUCUGUUGAAGACCGAUGCGAAGCUCAUCCCCGGUGGUGCCGCGCAAAACACGGCUCGGGGUGCCGCGUACAUCCUGCCCGAGAAGUCGGUCGUCUACCUUGGCUGCGUUGGCAAGGACGAAUACGCGGACACGCUGCGGACCGAGUCGGAGCGACAGGGUGUCCGGGUCGAGUACCGCGUCGACGACGAACAUCCCACCGGCCGUUGCGGCGUCGUCAUCACGGGUUCUAACCGCUCCUUGUGCACAGACCUGGCGGCGGCCAACUGCUACAAGCUCGAUCACCUGCAGCAGCCGCACAUCUGGGCGCUGGCCGAGCAGGCCAAGGUGUUUUACGUCGGCGGCUACCACUUGACGGUUUGCGUGCCCGCCAUCAUGGCGCUCGCGGAGGAGGCCGCUGCGAAGAACAAGAUCUUCGUCCUCAACCUCAGCGCCCCGUUCAUUCCGCAGUUCUUCAAGGACCAGCUCGACCAGACCAGCCCGUACUGGGACUAUCUGAUCGGCAACGAGACGGAGGCGGAGGCCUGGGCGAAGAGCCACGGCCUGCCCGAGACGUCGACGGUGCAGGACAUUGCCAAGCACCUGGUCAACCUGCCCAAGAAGAACACCAAGCGAAAGCGAUACGUGGUCAUCACCCAGGGCACGGAGCCAACCGUCGUCGCGGAGCAGGCCCACGACGGCGAGGUGGUCGUGCAUGAGUAUCCUGUACAUGCGAUCGCGAAGGAGCAGAUUUGCGACACCAACGGUGCCGGCGACGCUUUUGCCGGAGGCUUUGUCGCUGGCAUCGUACAAGGCAAGGACCUGGCUACCUGCGUGGAUAUGGGCCAGUGGCUUGCCAAAUUGAGCAUUCAGGAACUGGGUCCAAGCUAUCCUUACCCGAAGCAGACGUACUCUGCGUGAGAGUAUGUAUAUACAUAUACAAGGUCUAAGAUGGCCAGACAUUCGAAGGAGACGAAAAAAAAAUUACUUGGAAAGCUGUCCAGGAUUCUUCAACGAACUGGACGGGUAUUUACAACUACGGACUGGGCGUUUUUAUGUGUGAAAGAUCUUGGAACCAGAUACCAGGCCAUAGCUAUCAACAGCGGCCGAUUCACAUGUUCAAAAUUCGCAAUUGCGAGUCGCUAGACUAGGUACCGGCACAUACAUGUGUGUUGAGAGAAACCCGCAUAGAGAGAUCAAAUGCGACAACAAAGAAGCUUUAAGACACACCCUGUUUUCUUCUUCAAUUAUUUUUAAUUUAACGAACACAUACGGUGCAAGAAACGGCCAUGUACGAGAUGAGUGUAUCUAUGGCCCAGACCAAAAUGCCUAGGUGGAAUGUCACACAUUGCCCAAAGCUUAUACGGGGCUCUGAGGAUGCACCACGGUGCGAAGACGGACACGGCGAAGGAAAUGGGGAAAAAGUCUGUUCGGAAGACCGAAGGGCCUAGUGCGCACAAAGUUGCCGUCCAAGUUCACAUUAUAGAAGCAUGGCACGGACGGCGUCAAAUUGAAUACGAGUUCAGAGCAAAGUUAUCGCCGCAGCGUGCUGCUUUUGGCAUGCGAACCUCCCCGACGUUUCGUGCUAUGUUUCGUUCCUGCAACUCGUGCAGCAAGAUAU